AUGCCCAAGUUCUACAUCUUAGCAAACAUCCCUCACCUCGAUAAUGUCAGAGAUUUGUUCCUCUCAUUAAUCAACUCAGGCGCGCUGUCCGAUCAUGUUGAGGAGGUUCCACUGCAAGAUUGGACGGACGAACUGGGCCGACUUCGCGUGUGGGCAGCAAAUAUCGGUGCUCAUCAGACCCGUCAAUCCUCGCUAGAUUACCGUCUUAGGGAUGCUUCACAUAUCAGGAGUCAGAUAGUGAGGCUCUUGGAGCAAGUCCAGGAACUACUCACUGAUCUCAAGGAAGUGUUCGAGGAGCAAAGCGAUGACGAAGCCGAAGACGAUAUGUUUGAAGGGUUUGAAGACUCGGAAAGCGAGGAUUCCACAGAGAUCCAAGAAAUUCACCGAGGCCUCGCUGAGACGAUCAAUCAACUCUACCAGAUGUCCAUGAUCAUCCGCAAGCCAGCACAGCAUGAUCGGUUGGUAGGGACAAAAAAACUGGAUUCCGAGCCCUUCCAAUUCUGGACUAAGCAACAUAUCUGCAAUAAAUAUCCAAAUGCAGAUGCGCUAGCUAUCGACCGUAUCAGUUCCGCAAUGGCGCGACAAAGGGCGAUCUUAAAAUACCGUGAACGACAUCAUGCGAAAUUAGGUCAGGGCAUCGAUCCCGAGAGUGAUGGUAAAUCAGCGAUGCUAUCAGAAACGGUUGUGACAGACGUGUUUAAGGAGAUAUCUGGUCACAUUAACGACAUGGCCUCUGAAGCUGGUGUAUCUGAAACUUCUUACGGAGGCACUCUGUUCGACGGCACUGGUGCGGAUGCCCCUAAAAUACCACCUAUACCGAAAAAUGGCAUGGAUAAAAAGCCUUUUGAAUGUCCAUAUUGCUUUUACAUUAUUACGGUUCGAGACAGGAGAGCAUGGGCACGCCAUAUUUUCCGCGAUCUGAUGCCUUACGUCUGCAUCUUCCCGGGAUGUCCCACGCCCAACAAGCUCUACGGGAGCCGUCGACAAUGGGAUCAUCAUAUUCAGCAAUCACACGCUACGGCAUCAAUCACGGAUGGUACAUAUCAUUGCUCUAUCUGCAAACAGGGCUCUCUGCCCGCUGUCACGUUUUGGCGACACGUGGGUCAGCACUUGGAAGAGCUUGCGCUAUUUAUGCUGCCACGAACAGACUCAGACGAAAAUGAAAAUGAAGUCACGGAUGAGAAUUUGAGCAACGUAUCUUUAGACGACCUAUCCAUGGAACAGAAUGUCGGGCAGCGCAGUGGCAUGGACAAUGUAGCGACACCAGCCUCCGACUCCGGUCUCAAUGAUAACAAUCCACUGAGAGACCCACGGAAUAAAAGUAAACAUUACACAUCCUCAGUCGGAGCGAGCUCGAUCAACAGUGAGGACUCCAUGGGAGUUAUAAAGGGCAAAAUACGAGUCUUGGUCGAACAGCUGAAACGGAGUGUGCAGGAGUCCAGUGCGGAAGACAAGCCUCGGAUCCUCUCCAAGGUGCAAGAGUUGAAGGAAGAUUUUGCACGUAAGAUGGAGCUGCUCAAUGGCAAGCAUCACGAGGAUCAAUCUGCGGAGGUGGAGGAAAGUUGGAAGGAGCUUACUAGGAUGAAAGAGGAGGCAGAGAAGAGGGAAUAUGUUAUGCGAGAGGAGAGGUUUAAAGAGCUUAUCAGGCAGGAAGAAGAAGGGGAGGAGGAGGAGGAGGAGGAGCGCAAAAGUCCCAUUCAGGAUAUUCGAGAUGAGAAGGCGCAAAUGGCGACAGAGGCUACAGACGCGUGGUGGAAAGAGACUGCCUCGCGGGAGAAAGAUGAGGAGGAGCUCGAAAAGCUCAUUCAGGAGAUUCGAGAUAAGGACAUGCAAACGGCGAUGGAGGCCGAGGAGAAGAAGAAGAAGGAUCUCGCUCUGAAGGCUGCUGAUCCUGAGGGGUGGAAGCUUGAGCAGGAGCAGAUAAAGCGGAGACAGACCGAGGAGGCGACACGAAAGGCGAAGGAGUACAGAUAUAAACUUCACCGCAUAGGCUAUAGUGAGGCGGAGAUUGAUGCUAUCGUCAAUAAGAAAAAUGAGGAGCGGAUGAAAGAAGAAGAGGCGGAGAAGAACGUUCAGAGGGCUGCUGCUCAUGAUCAGUUUAUGGCGGCCGAGAAGAGGGAGAAGGAUCUCGCUCUAGAGGCUGCUGCCCUCGAGGAGUGGGAGCUUGAACAGGAGCGGAAGCAAAAACAGGAGUGGGAGAAACAAAUACAAAUAGACAAGGAGAGGAUGAAAAAAGCAAAAGAGAAGGAAAAGACCAAGACCACAUGGAUUAGGGUCCACCGCAGGUUUUUGUUACCAGAUACCUUGUCCGCCUACAAUCUGCCCUGGGAAUGGGACAAGAAUGACGACAACUACAUAAUUAUCAAGCAAUGGAUCGACGAGGACUUCCAAGAUCAUCUCUUCGCCCACACUCGUCGCAGACGAGAGUUAGGCCAGGUCUCCAGCUCAAUCACUGAACGCAAGGUUAAUGACCACUCUGGGGACGAAAGGUAUCAAUCUAGUAGGCGGCGGAAGGAAAACCUUGAACGUGGAAGGCAUCGCGAAAGAUCAUGA